AUGAUUGACAGCGGCAUCGAUGCGGUUUUGGUCAAAGUAGCCGCCCUCGGCCUCGACCCCCACAAACACCUUGGCAAAGGCCUCGCCGCCAUGCGCCCCGCGCUGCUGUCGCUGCGCGGCCGCUUCGGCUGCAACGUCUGCGGGGAGGGCGGGGAAUACGAGACGCUCACGCUCGACUGCCCCGCGUUUUCGAGGGGCCGCAUCGUGCUCGAGGGCUGGGAGGUGCGGAUGCACUCGCCGGGCAGCGUCGCCGCCGUUGGCGUCCUGCACCCGACCGCGUUCAGGGUCGAGCCGAAGGGCGGCGGCGAGGGCGGCGACGUCGCAGCGGCGGCGGCGGCGGAAGUCGAGGAGGUGCCGGACGGGUGGCAGCCGCCGCCCCCCGCGGCCGCGCCGCGGUUGGUGGCGGAGGCGCCCGGCGGCGCCGCGCCGCCGCCUGUCGGCGUCAGGCUCAGCGGCGCGCACGCGCACCUCGCGUGCGCGCCUGCUGCCCCGGCGGCCGGCGGCGGCGUGCAAUCCGAUGGCAACGGCGGCGGCGACGCGGCGGCGGCGGCGGCGGUGCAUUCAGCCCUGGGUGCGAUCGGGGCGCGGCUGCCGGGUCUGGGCCUAACAUGGGACGACGCCCUGUUUGUGCACCUCUACUUGUCAGACAUGGCCCACUUUGCCGCAGCCAACGCGGCCUACUGCCGCCACCUCCCGGCGCUCAGCCCGCCCUCGCGCGCGUGUGUGCAGCUGCCGCUCCCCGGCGGCGCGCCGCUCGCGGUCGACGUGCUGUUCUCGCGGCGGGCGGGGGCGGACGCGCCGGCGGCGGGGGGCGUGCGGGGGCGGGGGGCGGCGCCGGCGGCGCCGCGGCGCGUGCUGCACGUCCAGAGCAUCUCGGAGUGGGCGCCGAGCUGCAUCGGCCCAUACAGCCAGGCGACCUCAAGUGGCGGCCUCAUCCACCUGGCCGGUCAGAUCCCCCUCGACCCCGCCAGCAUGGCCGUCGCCCCCGGCGGCCCCGCCGCGCAGGCGCGCCUCGCGCUCGCCCACGCGCAGGCUGUCGCCGUCGCCGCCGGCGGCUGCCUCGCCGCGGCGCCGCUGGGGCUGACCGUGUACCUCUCAGGGGCCGCCGCCGGCGCGGAGGGGCGCCGGCUGGUGGGGUCGCUGCUACGGGAGCUGUCGGCCGACCCGGCCGCCUUUGCGGCGCGCGCGCGGCGCGCGCCCGGCGCGGAUGAGGAGGGGGCGCCAGGCGAGCACCCGGGGGCCGAGGCAGAGGGCGGCGGCGGGGACGAGGGCGAGGAGGAGGGCGAGGGCGAGGAGGAGGGCGGCUAUGUUGAUGAGUACCUGCGGCCGCCGCGGACGUCACUGCGGCUGGCGCCGCGGGUGGUGUUCCUGGAGGUCCCCGCGCUGCCAAGGGGGGCCCUGGUGGAGGUGCAGCCGCUGCUGCUGGACGUGGUGCGCGGCGCGGCCGACGCCCCGGCGAGCAGCAGCAGCAGCGACGGCAGCGGGUCGGACGAAGAAGGCGACAAGGACCGGGGGCCGGAGCCUGUGGUCGCGGCGACGGCGGCGGUGGGGCUGGACGGCGCCUUGAACCCUGCGGCAGCAUCAGAUGCAGCAGGGGCAGCGGGUGCGGGCGGCCUCGCGGGGCCGGGUGAGCCUGGGGCCGCGCAGCACGUGGGGCAGGCCCACAUCACCCGCUCGCCGUCCGGCGCCUGUGCGCGCGCGCUGGUGGAGGUCGCCGCAGCCGCCAUGGGCGCCGCCGCCGGCCCUGACCUGCCGGCCCUCGCGGCGGCCGUCGCGCAGCGGCUCGCGGCGGCGGGGGUCGCGGCGCCGGGCGGCGCAGGGGGGUGGGCCAGCGUGCGGUGCUGGUGCGCGGCGGGCGCAGUCGGCGCGGCGGAGUGGGGCGCGGAGCUACAGCGCGCGUUGGAUGCGCUCGGCGGGCCCGCGGCGGGCAGCGGCCUGGUGCAGAGCGUCCCCGUCAGCGGCUUGUGGGGCAGUGACUGGGGCAGCGGUGACGCCGGGGCCGAGUGCUGCGUGGUAGUCGAGGCUCUUGCGUGCGGCUAG